AUGGGUGGCACACUAGUUCUUUCCACGCUAGUCAUUUCAGUUGUACUACUACUGAACCAAUCCUCAGUAUUUGUUUCAGGAUUGAUCCCCGGAGAGGUUACUGUUCAUAUGGCCAAUAACUUGCUCCCAACUGAACAGGAACUCACUGUUCACUGCCAAUCCGGAGACGACGAUCUGGGAAUUCAAAACCUUCCUUACCUAGCCGAUUACCAGUUCAAAUUUCAUAUCAACGUCGGAGACACGACCCUCUUCUUUUGUAACUUUGAGUGGCUAAACACUACGACGUCAGAUUACCAAACAGUUUCCGGCAAGUAUGACAUAUACGUGGCCAAGAGGGAUGAGUACCGGUGCGGCACCUACUGCAACUGGAGAAUUCAAGAAGAAGGCCUCUUUUCAUACAACGACAACCCGGAUGCCAAAUACUGGGAGCGCCUCUACACAUGGCCUGGCCACACCAUUUGA